UCUCUAUCAGAACAACCUGCUGCUUUUUGUUUUUGGAGUCUGGUGCUUCUCACAGCUGCCAACGAGCUCAAGGAUGAGGAGGCUGCUUGUUCAAAUUCUUUGCAUCACCAAAGUCCUGCUCUGUUUGGCUGACUCGCCUCCACUGAAUGAGGACACGCUGAAAAAGCUGUCUGCAGCAGGAGAGCAGUGUGUCGAUGAGGAAAUAAAGCGGGCGCUGCUCGGGGUGAAGCAGGUGAAGGAAACGAUGGAGAAAAAAGAGGAGAAGCACCGACAUUUGAUGGAGGCCCUGAGACACACUAAGGACAAGAAGGAGGGGGCGAUGCAGCUGGUCCGGGAAUCAGAGCAGAAACUAGAGGAGGCUGAGCAGCAAUGUCAAGAUUUAACCAAAUCCUCCUUUGAAGAAUGUCAGCCUUGUCUUGAAGAUACUUGUAAAGCCUUCUACACGUCUACGUGUCGCCGCGGCUUUGCCUCUUUCUCCUUCAAGGUGGAGGAGUUUUUCAGGAAAAUGGCCGACCAGCUGGACGCCACAGAGCACGUCUACAAUCAAAACGAGGAGAAUGUGGCUCAUAUUAACUCACCUGAGAACCAGCUCCCAGAGGAUGGUGCAGAUCUGGAGCUUCUGCAUGCAGACACGUCGUUCGGCCGCCUGCUGUCGAACACCAGCCUCCUGUACAACCGGAGCAUCCUGGUGGUGCAAAGGAUGCAACAGGUGUUCGGGCCUUCCUUCCUGGCGGCCUUCAUCACGGAGGUUCGACCCAGCCUGCUGUCUUCCACGCAGGGCAGCUCGAGCGCUGGCUUCUUCAGGACGCUGGGUCUGGAUCACAUCUUUGAGUCGGUGUCUGACUUCGGGAGGAAUGUGCUAGAAGAAUUCAGCUCCACGGUGGCCGACGUAUUCGAGGAGAUGCAAGAAGCAGAGGUGUACUUUCAGCAUCCGGACACAGGUACGGGACCCCUGUCUGCUUUGGGACAGUCACAGAGCAGAUAUCUGUGCAGACGACUGCGCAGUCAAGCAGCAGAGUGCUGGCAGCUCCAAAGUUUGUGCCAGACGUGUGAAGAAUAUUUAUUAAAAGAGUGUCCCAGCGUCCAGCAGUUACACUCAGAGAUGGAGGAGAUGCACAUGCUGCUCAACGCCUCCCGUCAGCAGUACGACGACCGGCUGCAGCUGGUUCACAGACACACGGCCGACACACAGAGAUGGCUCAGCACCAUGGAGGACAAGUACGGCUGGGUCGGCCAGCUGUCCAACAGCACCGUCGGCCCACGCAGCUCCUUCAGUGUGAUCACAGUGAAUGCACAGCAGCAGAUGAAGAACAUGAGACCUAAAGCUGACAUCAGCGUGGUUGUAGACAUACUGGACUCCGGCCCGGUAACCGUCUCAGUCCCCUCAGAGCUGCAGGUGGACGACCCUGCUUUUAUCCAAUAUGUAGCUCAGGAGGCUCUGACACUCCAUAAACAACAGAUAAGAGGUUUUGAUCCAAGCAGCGUUCUGGCUUAG